AGGACGUCUGUGACAAGGUGCCGGCGCACCAGAGAGGAGAUGGCGUUCCUUGUCUCCAAGGCUCCACCUUGCCGGGUGCUCCAAUAUUACCUCAUGGAUUAUGGUCUGAACAAGAACUUCAAUUGUGGAUUAAGAUAAAUGAUGCUUGCUUAUCCUUUCUGACCAUUGGCCCUCGGCCUCAGGCAUCUACCGCCCUGAGGGAGCUUUGCUUUAUGGUGAUGGGGAUUCUACCAGAGCCUCAGGAACAAGAUGAAAAAGAUAAUACUAAAAGGUUCUUAUUUCAUUAUUCGAAGACACGGAAGUUGGGCAAUUCAAAUGUCAUGUCGUCUGUCGUGCAUCCGUUGCUGCAGCUCGUUCCGCAACUGCAUGAGAGAAGAAUGAAGAGAUUCCAAGCGCACGAAAAUCCUUUUGCAAAUCGAAGGAGAGGAUACUUUUUGUUCAGGCCACGCAAUGGGAGAAGGUCAGCAGGUUUUAUUUAAAAUGGCACCAACUAACUUUCCACAGAAACAAUGUAUGGAAUACAUUAUGUACUGAUAUUUUGGUUUUUUCUCAAAAACAAUCUUCCCUAAGUUUACUCUGUUGAAAAUUCCUGUGUUUUGAAUAUUGUCAGUAACAUUUAGUUGAGAUUGCAAAUAUUUAACUU